UCAGGUGAGUGUAGGCGACUGCAACAUUAGAGGUGUCACAAGCAGAGACUGUCCACAGGGCAUGAUACUAUAAGUUAAAGAUAUGAUAUUGCGCAUGUUGUAUCGUCUGUCUCGCUCGAUCGUGACGUCAUGCCGUGCCUUUUAGCGCGCCAAAUUAUUAAGAUAACAUUAAAACCGUGUGGUUACGUGCUUUAACAAUCUCACAAACAUAGAUUUUACGGUUUUUAAAAAUGGUGUAUUGUGCGGUAUUUGGCUGCAAGAACAACAGUAAUAAGCGGAACAAAAAUUAUACAGAGAAUAAUGGACCACCCCGAAUAAUAAAUUUUUUUUGUUUUCCUCAAAAUAAAGAUCUGCAAAAACAAUGGGUUUUUAGAUGCAGUAGAAAAGAACAAUUUAAAAUUGAGAAUGCCAGAGUCUGCUCCGAUCAUUUUAAAAAUGAAGAUUUUAUGAUGAAAUAUGAUUCAAAAAUUUUAGGGUACACCCCUAAAUUUAGAAAACUGAAACCUGGCGCUAUUCCCUGUCUCAAACUACCAAGAAAUUAUGAAGAAGACGUUGGUAGUAAACGAAGAGACAGGGUAAAAGUUCGGACAUUAAAAAAAACGUUAUUCAACAAGUUGUCAGAAGAAGAGAGUACUAAGAAUAAUGCUAAUAAGACACAGUUUUCUAAUGAAGAUAUGUUUAAUGAUACCGAUGGAGAAAAUUCGGUGAUAACUAAUAAGGUACCAGAGAGUGAUACUCAACAAAUGAUUCAUUUUGAAGGGUAAGUGGCAGGUAUAAGUAGAUAUAUCUACAUAUAUCUACAUAUACAUAUAUAUACUAUAUACAGGAUGCGGCAGAACUCGCGCCCC